UUCGCCCAGCAAUGGAUCAAAUCCUACAUCCAGCCUUACUUCCCGGCAACCAACCUCGUCUGGAUCCUCGUCGGUAACGAGGUUUUAUCCAAAGCAAACAGAUUUAUCAUCGGAACCCUCGUCCCGGGGAUGCAGACGCUCCACGCUGCGCUCGUCGGAGCGUCCCUAGACCGCCAGAUACAAAUCUCGACCCCUCAAUCGCUCGGAAUCCUCUCCGCUUCGACCCCUCCGUCAGCCGAAAAAUUCCAUGGCGGGUACGACGUCCACAUCCUAAAACCUAUGCUCGGCUUCCUCAUAUCUAGGAAUUCCCCCUUCAUGAUCAACCCUUACCCAUUCUUCGGCUGCUCGGAGGAGACUCUCGAUUACGCCCUGUUUCGGCCCAAACUCAGGGGUUCUAGAUCCGAACACCAAGCUUCGUUACACCAACAUGCUCGACGCCCAGCUCGACGCAGUCUUCUCGACGAUGAAAUUGCCAUCGGAUUCCUCCUCGUCAGAAACUGUGGACGACCUAGAAGCUCUGCUGGCGAUGGAGGAACGGUGGACAGAGACCAAUUCGGCAUCCAGCGGCUAGAGGUGGAAAAUAAUAAUGAAAAGAAUUAG